AUGACGGAAUACUCUCAUUUACACAAUCCCCGACGCUCUCAUGCAACUUCUACUUAUCUCAGCCAUGUCUCGCCAAGUAAGAAAUUAAUGCGCGGACUUCACAUCGCCAUGAAUUUCUCCAUUUCUAUGAUCCUUAUAUCUCUAUCAAAUGAUAUCGCAACUAAUCCUGGUCCCACAUGUAACUUCUCCAUACCUCCACCUAAUGUACAAGGAUUAAAAAUCUCUCAUCUAAAUACCCGAAGCAUCUUAACUAAAAUUGAUACACUACGAUUAGAAAUGAAGGAUAAACCAUUCGACAUCUUCUCAGCAUCCGAAACAUGGCUUAAACCCGAUAUCUCAGUUUCCGAAGUAGCUUUACCUGGUUAUUCAAUUAUACGAAUGGACUGUCAAAACAAAAUCGGAGGUGGUACUGCCAUCUAUGUUCGUGAUGGUAUACCUUUUAAAACCCAUUCGGACUUGAUGAAUAACGAUCUCGAAAACUGUAUGAUUGAAGUUUUACGAGUUAAAUCUAAGAAACUGUUUAUUUGUUGUAUUUACAGAGCACCGGACAAUCCUCUUGAAAACUACUUAUCCAUGUUGAGCAAUAUUAUUCUCAAACUUCCAAAUAACAGCGAGCUCAUUUUGUUAGGUGACUUUAAUAUUGACCUUAGCAAAAAAACCUGUUCACCCUCGAAACAACUACUCAGAAACCAUGAUUGACCUGAUCUUUGUUAACAAUAGUCAGAGAAUUGUCCGAAGUGAUGCGAUUCCAUGCUCGUUGAGUGACCACUCUCUUAUGUUUUGCGUGUUUAAAGCUGGUGUCACCAAAGCUCCUCCACACACAAUUGAAUAUAGAUCUUAUAAACAUUACAAUAAACAGUCCUUCCUUCUAGAUCUUGAAAACGUCAACUGGUCUACCUUUGUAGACGAAAACGAUGUUGAUGCUACCGUCAACAGCUGGUGUCAAUGUUUUACUGUCAUAGCAGACAUGCACACGCCAAUAAAGAAAAUGAAAGUUAAGGGAAUUAGCAUUCCAUGGAUGACGGCUGAAUUAAGUCGAGCGAUGCAAGAUCGAGACUAUCACCUGAAGAAGGCACAAAAAACACAGUCACAACAUCACUGGUCGUCAUACUGUAAGCUUCGCUGUUUUGUAAACAAAGCAGUACGUGAAUGCAAAUCCAAAUAUUACGAGUCCUUGAUAAAAGAAAACAGAAAUAAUCCCUCUCGCCUUUGGAAAACUCUCAAUGAAUUAACAUCGCGCAACACACAUUCUUCAGCACCAUCAUCUAUCAUAUCGGACGGCAUUGAAACCAAGAACUCGCAAUCUAUAUCAUCUCUUUUCAAUACUUUCUUCACCAGUAUCGGAAGGACUUUGGCAAACACAAUCAAGCAAAGAUUGUCAUCAAACAUAAUAUUCUCCUGUAUUCAACUACCACAAUUUAAUUCCACAUUUGAAUUCAAAGAGAUUGAUGUUGCGUCUGUUUUCAAACAACUAUCAACUCUUAAAACUAAUAAAUCUACCGGCCUUGAUGGUAUCAGCGCCAGACUACUGAAAGAUGCUGCAGCAACUAUCGCCCCAACCCUAACUGAUAUGUUUAAUCAAUCACUAAAAUCUUCUAUCUUCCCCAAGAUCUGGAAAGACGGGAAAGUAACACCAAUAUUUAAGUCUGGCGAUCGCUCUAAUAUGUCAAACUACAGACCCAUAACUGUUCUGCCAAUCCUGAGCAAAAUUUUGGAACGUUUCGUUCACACGCAGAUUUACAGCUAUUUAUCUGAAAAUAAAAUCCUCUCCGAAUCUCAAUUUAGCUUUAGACCAAAGUUAUCUAGGAGUACCACAUUGGCAUUUUUCACCGAUACUAUUCUUGAUAAUGCUGACAACGGUCUCAUCACAGCCUCUGUCUUUCUGGAUUUUAGCAAGGCAUUCAACACGGUUGAUCAUGCUAUCCUGUUGUGCAAAUUGAAAUCAUUUGGCCUGGAUAAUAACUCGUUAAAUUGGUUUGAGUCAUACCUUACCAAUCGUCAAAAGAAAACAUCAAUUAACAAUGUUAUCCAGCUCAUUACCUGUGUCAGUUGGUGUUCCGCAAGGUAG